AUGACGUUGCAAAGCGUCUCACCCGAACCAAUUGAUAGCUCAAGUUUGAAUGACGAUGCGUUGAAAUCUCAAGAUGAACCUGUUGGUAUACCUCUUUUCCCCAUAUCCAAGAAAUGGGUUUCUGUAUCCCUGCGCAAGGUUCAAUACUUCUCUACUUUCCCCAUGUCUCUCUAUUUCCCACUACAUGGUAUCAACACUCUUUUAGUGCCUCCAAUUUCUGCUGGUUCAGCCCCUGACGAUGUGCUAAUGAUGGUUAGAGAGUUAUUACCAUCCUUCACAACUAAGUUACUGGUUACAUCACUCUGUCUACAUUUUGGUAGUGGAUUAAUCCUACGAAUUUGGCAUUGGAUCAACAAUUAUUAUGCAAAACCUAGAUCCAAAAGCAAGAAGCAUUCUCCUACCAAAACUGAUGUUCAUUUCCAAUUACAGGAUGAAUCUGAGCGGGUUUCUCAAAGGGUCAUUGGACUCACGGGUGGACUUUCAGGAUAUUUCACUGGUUUUAAGAAGAGCUUUAGCCUCCCACCACAAAUCUUGUCUGGUUACAUAUUGGCUCCUCUAUUAACGUAUCAUCUAUAUGUGAUGAAAUUGAUUCCAGAUGAAUUAAAGACAGAUGUUGAUUUUAAUUACGUUAAAUGGAUAUUGCAGAAUCCCAAUUGGCAAGUGAAAUGGAUCGGAGGAAUUAUUCCCAUAACAUUGUUAAUUGGAUCCGGUACUUAUCACAUAUUCGCGGGAAUGUGCCAGUAUAUGGGCGUCAAAAAACUUUCAAGUAGACGGAAAUGGUCUAAUGUAAUUACUGUGGUAAUCGCCAGCGGUAUCUUUGGAUUAUACAGAUUGGGAAAGCAUUUAGCACCCUUUGUGGGCUCAGCAGAAUACGAAAAGGUCUUCCAGAAAAUAUACUUAUUAUAA